AUGUCGGCGAACAUCCAAUCCGAAAUGGCGCCGAUGCCCCAGCCCAAACAGUGGUCCAAGCUAAACGAACAGGACCUAAUCGCAGAGUACCAGCUGCUGGGCCACGUCUACGACCCCGCCGCCAACCCAGCGAUGCUCCCCCCCCAACUCGUCGAAGCCCUAGUCCAGGACUACUCCUCCAGCCUGGCGGCCUGGCUCAGAGACGCGGCCCGCUCGCCCGCUCUGAGCUUCGAGGAGAAGCACACAUGCGUCGACAAGGUGCAGGAGAAGAGGGACGAGGCCAACGGCCAGAGCUACAAAGCCUGGCUCGACUUCGUGGUGAAGCGCCGGACGAGCAUGCACAAGCUGAACGUCGAGGAGAUGGACGAGAUCCGCAAGGGUCUGGCGGCGGAGGAGAACUUCGAGCGGGGCCUGGAGAAGGAGCUGGCCGUGGUCUCGGAGGAACUGGCGGCCAAGAUCUGGAGAAUCAGAUAUGGAAGCCCCGAGUCGGAGGAGCCUGGAUUCAUAUACUGA